AGUGCGCCCGUUUCAAAUCGUCACGGGCCGUUACCUCAGCCCCGUACGCAGCAAGGUCGCAGCGUAAGCCCGAGACCGAUGUCGCGAUCGACGAUGACCAUACGAGUGUGUGAGGUAACGAAAUGGCGAGAAUGAGCAGCCCUUACUCCCCGAGCGUCGGUAUCGAGUCGGUCCCUCGCAGGAAGAACGCGAUAAUCCGAGGAGGGAGGAAGCAUAAGCGCGGGCUGCCAGAUGCACUGAGGAUCCUUCGGCAGGAAGCAGAAGUCGGCGGGCAGGGAGAGGCGUCAUUAUAAGGUCGACGAGCAGCGACGAGUCACGAACGGACGAUGGACGAGAUACGCGGCUCGUCAUCGACUCGCCGUCUCUCGCAAAUUCUCGACCCGAUCACGCGGCUCGCCAGCGACUUCGGCUCCAACUCGGCGCCGUGCAGCCCGCGACUGGGCGCACGCGUGCAGGAUGCGAGCGUCGGGCCCGCCGGCGCCGCCGCCAUCGGUCAAUCGGGCCCGAUCGCCGCGGGUCCAGCCGCUGUCGCCGCCGCCGGUGUUUUAUCGUCGUCGCGAGCGGGUCCAAGCGGCGCCGGGAGCUCCAAUAUCGGACCCGAUAGUCCGCGAUUGUGGCCACGACAGUUUCGACAGGCGCCAACGCCACCGCCACGGCCUAGGCACGUCGGCGCCGCCGCCGCCGCCGUCGCCAUCAGCACCGCCAGUACCUCCACCAGCCUCUCCGUGAACGUCAAUAACAACAAUAACAACAACAAUGCGGCAAGCGGCGCCGACAGCGGCGUGCCGCCGCCGCCGCCGCCGGUGGUGGUACACGCGAGAGACUCGCCCUACGUCAACGUGUCGAAUCUGUUCUUUCAAAAGGACAAGAGCUUCUCCGAGAGCGCCAGGAGCGCCGGUUACAUCGAGCUUCGCGAAAAGCCCAAGUGCAGCCCGUACGACUUCACGUCCGAGUCGAGCGGCCACGUGGAGUAUGCGGAUAAGAGGACGUUUGUCACUCCAGUUCAGUCCGACCUGGCCUACGAUGUCGGAAAGGAAUCGGGCAGUCCCCUGAGUAGAGGAAGGUUGAACUACGACCCGGGGCCUUCUAGCGGUAGAGGCCACUUCGACAGGGCGUUCUCGUUCUCCGGCAGGCAACCGCCGGAGCAACUACCGGCCUCGCGGAUGUACGAAGCGGGCAGAUUGUUUGUCGAUCCGAGAGCCACCGGUGGCAACGUCGACCUGAAGAGGGAAAAGCUGGACGUCAGGCCAACCUACGGCACCUCCAAGAGCUUUGAGGGGUACACGACGACAGUGGAGGAGCUCAACUGGCAGGAGAGGUGUUUGGAGUUGCAGCUGGAGCUGCACAGGAGCAGAAGUCAGGCGACCAGGGUGAGGGACAUGCUUCGGGAAAAGCUCUCGGAGCUCGAGCAGCGGGUGUUAGAGGCGGAGGGCAGGGCGGAUGAAGCUGAAGACAAGGUACGGAUGAUGGAGGAGCGGCUAGUGAAGGGUGAAUACUGCCUCAGCACAUCCGGCGUUGGUUCUCCGCCGCAUUCGCUGCCGUCGACCUCCGGUACGCAGAAUGACAAGAUCGAGGAGGUCCAUUGUGCCUGCAUUUCAAAGCUAGAGACUCAAGUCGAGGAACAGAGGCAGUUACGGCUGCACGACGCCAGGCAAGUGGAAGCGAAAGCAGCGAGGAUAAAGGAAUGGGUUACUAAUAAAUUGAGGGAACUGGAACAACAGAAUCAACAUCUGAGGGAACAGAACAACAAGUGUAACCAGCAACUCGAGUUGUUGCGCAAUCAUAUAACUAAUAUCGGACUCAAACCUCCCGCACCGACGAGAGCGUCAUUGUCCCUGGAAGUUGAUCCCACCUUGCGUAUCGAUCGUAGACGAUCGGAGAGCUUGGAGGGUACCCCGCAAACGGCACCGGAGUGCGUGCAAACUGUCGUAGCGGAACCGCAAACGAGCACGAAGCACCGGAGACAUUUGUCCGCUUGCGGCACCAUCCGAGGAGUCGCGGCCGCCAACAUGGACUCGAGUCUACUGUCCGAGGAGCUAGCCGCGGCGGUCGAGAACCUGGUGAUGCUGCCAAAUAUGUCUGGUGUUUCGGAGGCGAGCCGAGACAGCGGAAGCUCGGAAGCGGUGCAUGAUUAUGCCGAGAUAUAUACACCCAGCCGGGAGGGCAUGAAUUGGCUGCAGGGACAAGGUCCUCGUCCGCCGACCCCGCCGUUGCACAGGUUUCCUAGCUGGGAGGCGAAAAUAUAUCAGGUAGCGGAUGGUGGCCUCGGCAUCGGUCCACCGACAAACGAGGAGUCCGCCCCCUCCACGAUGACCACCACGACGAGUUCGUCGAAGCAUUCUCAGGCCACGGGACACAACUUGACAGCGCACAAUUCUCAAGGCUACUGCGAUAUUUCCGUUCCAGUAUACGCUACUGUCAAAGGACGUGCCAGUCAAAUCAGAUCCAUGCCUUUCGGCGAUAGUUCUGACGACAGUUCGGACGGCGAGGAACAUCCGAAUCAAACCGAAACUAAUACUAGAAUUACCAAUAGCUCGUCCGACAAUACGGAUUCCUCCCUCGGUAGCGGAAGCAGUCCCUCGAAAAGUAUUAAAACAACCAGUAGCCUUAGUCCCGCGAAAAGAAGCUCAAGCGGGUCUCCCAGUAAAAGCGUAAAACGUGAUACUUCUCUCGAGUCAGGAUUAUCUGAGGAUUAUGCAAUACCUCCCGAUGCACUAAGUUCGACAUCUCUAGAAUCUAGCAUGCCUAGCCUCCUAAUGCGCGUCUCUGGCGAAAGUCCAAAGAGACAGGAAUCUCUGGAGAAAACGGGUCAUCUGGCGAAAUUAGGCGGCAAGUUAAAAACUUGGCGGAAGCGAUGGUUCGUACUGAAAAACGGUGUGUUAACAUAUUGGAAGAGUCAAAAUGACGUCAACCGGAAACCUCAAGGCCAAAUAAUCUUGGACGAAGUGUGCAGGAUCAAUAGAGCUGAAGGAGCCGCCACUUUCGAAAUAGCCACAGGUAAGAAGACUUAUUACUUGACUGCGGACUGCAUCGCCACGAUGGAAGACUGGAUAAGAGUGCUGCAGAACGUGCAAAGGCGAAACGCAACGAAACUCUUGCUCAGUAGGGAGGAUAAUAAGCCAACGAUACAGGGUUGGUUGACGAAGGUGAAAAAUGGCCACGCGAAGAAGUGUUGGUGCGUGCUUAUCGGCAAGAUGUUCCUUUACUUUAAGUGCCCCAGUGAUACGAAUCCUAUCGGCCAAAUCAACAUGAGGGACGCUCGUGUGGAGGAGGUGGAACAUGUUUCGGAUAGCGACAGCGAGGAGAGAGACGCCGAGUGCCCCCACGAGAGAACAAUUGGCAUCUUUCCGACGCAUCAGGGUCCAACUUAUCUACUGAUGCCACAUAAACAGGACAAGGACAAUUGGCUCUACCACUUGACGGUGGUGUCAGGUGGUGGGCCGAGCGCGGGCACGCAGUACGAGCAACUGGUGCAGAGACUAAUGGAAACCGACGGUGAUCCCAGCUGUGUGCUGUGGCGGCAUCCCCUGCUGCUACACACGAAAGAGAGCAUCACGAGCCCGCUGACAAGCCUGACUUCCGAAUCCUUGCAAACCGAAGCCAUAAAGCUCUUCAAGGCCUGUCAGCUGUUUAUGUCGGUGGCAGUAGAACAAGCAGGUAUCGACUACCAUGUGGUUCUAGCGCAAAACGCAUUGCAACAAUGCCUAGACCAACCUGAACUUCAGUCUGAAUUUAUAUGCGCACUGGUAAAGCAGACAAGUCGUCACACACAACACCGUUUGGGCGUACAGCAACUCCUCCUCUGCGCCACGCAAUCGCUCUUCACCUGCGAUACGCAAAGUCCCGCGGCAAAUGGCAGCGGUGAAAAUGCGGACGCGCAAUCAACGGCCUCGACUUCUCACAGUCCUCCGCUCACGCAGGGCCACUCGACCUCCACUAUCUUGGACUGCAAAACUAAUCCCGCGCAGUAUGUGCUUAUCCAGGGAUGGCAGCUCCUGGCGCUCGCCGUUUCCCUAUUCCUGCCCAAAAACAAUCGGCUACUAUGGUACCUGAAACUGCACCUGCAGAGAAACGCCGACAGCAAAACGGAAUGCGGCAAGUAUGCGGCUUAUUGCGAGAGAGCGUUGGAGAGAACAUUGCAAAACGGUAGUAGAGAGGUGAAGCCGUCGAGAAUGGAAGUACUGUCGAUACUCAUGAAAAAUCCGUACCAUCAUUCAUUGCCGCACGCCAUACCGGUUCACUUUUUAAACGGCACCUAUCAGGUCGUGAGCUUCGACGGUAGUACGACGAUAGAGGAAUUUCUGAACACUCUGAAUCAGGAGAUCGGCUGCAGGGACGUUCAUCAGUCCGGCUUCACGCUAUUCAGCGAUGACCCGAUCGAAAAGGAUCUGGAGCAUUUCAUCGAUCUAGAAUCGAAGCUAUGUGACAUUAUCUCAAAGUGGGAGACAGCGUUACGAGAGAAGGGCUCGGGCAAAUUCGAGAAUACUAGAGUAAUACAAUUGACAUACAAAUCUCGUUGCUACUGGCGGCAAGCUGCUAAAAUGGAAACGGACAAGGAGAGGCUCUUGCUGUGUUAUCAAGUGAAUCAACAAGUUGUGCAAGGAAAAUUUCCCCUAAAUCGUGAACUCGCUUUUGAAUUGGCAUCGUUGAUGGCACAGAUCGAUUUUGGAGAAUACAACAAUGAUAAAGCGCGCGGCAGUGGCCCCGGAAGUGGCAACCCGCAUCAUCUCGUACUCCAAGCCCUCGACAAAUUUUAUCCAUUACGCUAUCGAGCCAACAUUACCGCCGAUCAAUUGAGGGAAUUGCAGGAGAAGUUGCAGGAAAAGUGGAUCGCUUUAAAAGGACGUAGCGUAGUGGAUUGUGUUCGUAUAUAUCUCACAUGCACCAGAAAGUGGCCUUUCUUCGGAGCUACUCUGUAUCAAGCGAAGUUGAAGCAAGGCGAUCCCGUGACGGUCUGGAUAGCGGUUUCCGAGGACAGUGUAACAUUGCUUGAAUUACAAACGAUGGCCGUUAUGUGCCGGUAUAAUUACGCGAACAUAAUAACGUUCGGCGGCUGUUUGGAUGAUUUCAUGCUCGUCGCUUGCCCGGACGAGGGUGCGGCUGAGCAGAAACUGCUGUUCGCACUCUCUAAACCUAAAAUUUUGGAGAUAACGUUAUUGAUCGCCGACUAUAUGAACGCACUAGGCCACGCAUUACCGGGUACCCCACAAAUGAAUACUCUAACACGCAAUGGAUCACACCGGUCCAUCAAAUCCACUCUGAGACCUGCGACUGGUUCAAGCUGUCUUCCAACUCAACCUGACAUAUUGAAAUCUACGCCAGAUCACCAAAGACCUUAAUAAAAAGGCUCGUCGCGUUAAUCUUUCGGAAAGACAAUGGGAAUAUAUUUCUUGAAUUCGCGCGGAGAUCUGAUGAAUAUUUUCUUUUGUCGUUUGUAUCAUAUAAAGUUAUUAACUAAAGGCAGCGUAACAGUGCAGUAUUAUAGUAUCGUACACUGCGACGUGCGGUGCAUCGUUUUUUUUUUCUGCAAAACGAAAAAUAUGUUCGCACACGCGUUCGAAUCAUGUUUACGUUUACGUCGUAUGUGCAUGUAAAUUAGUAUCGACGUUUGUAAGAAACGUUGUGUCUGUGUAAAUACUUAACUAAUAAGCGCAAGAGUUGAACCACAAACGAUCGUACUGGUGGUUUAGAGUGCGGCCGAAAUCGAAUCGAAUCGAUCUGUAACACUGCCUAACGUUAGUAUGCGCGAUUACACAUCGAAUAGUUUCAACCAGCGGCUACGUACCAUGCUGAGACUUUUGCUACGUAUUUAUAUAUCAAAUUAUAAAAACGACAGAAGCGACAAAGGAUGCGUAGAAUAUUGCGUAAUAGUGAUGUAUUCACACCGUAUCGUGUAUAUAUUAAUCAAAGUUAUUAAAUGUUUAGGAGUAUAUCUCUCAAGUGACACAGCGAUGCGUUCUUUCCCAAUUUUUUCAAAAUGUCAUUUUCAAUUCUCUGUCGAACGGAAUAUGUCCAAGUCCCCAUGAAUGUUAUCGCUAUGUCAUAUAAUUUGUAACACACUUUCUUCUAAUUCUAUCCAACUGUUUUUGUUGCACGUCUACUUUUACUAGACAAAAAAAAUCUAUACUUUAAUUUAUUUUACCAAAAUAAAUUAAUUUUUGUGUUACAGAUUUAAAUUUAAUUAAAAUUCAAUUUGAGGAUUUAGAUUUAAGAGAUCCGAGUUAUGUGUGGGAGGAUUUUAAUUUAAUUGAAAUUGUAUAUUUCAUGAUUGGAAUUUAUUCGAAAUUAAAUUCGAUUUUGUGAUAUUCGGACAAGAACGGAAAGCAAAUCAAGGGAAGACAAAAUUAUUUAAAUUUAUUUUACAAAUCACAUAUUGCAGAAUAGUAAAUAGAUUUGAUAAAUGGAACUAUCUCAUUGAUGUUUAUUCAACAAAAAAAAAGAUAUUAAUUAUUUUUUUCUCUUAUUUUUAAACGUCAUUUUUUCUUUUACGUGAAGCUACUCGUGAGAUGAAUCAACAAACAAACAAAAUCUGAUAUACUCAUAGUGUUUUCCAUUUAGCGACACAAGUCGAUACAAGCGUCGUUCUAUCUUUGUUGUCACUGGAUGUUGAAAGAAGACAGAAUGAUGCUUGUGUCGACUUGUGUCGCUAAAUGAAAAGUGCCCAUAUUAACUUUGAUAACAGCUAGUCUCGUAUCUGAUAUUUAUUUAAGAUGUAAGCGAUUACAUGGUUUCUUUUUUUUUACAGAUACACGACCAAAUAGAUGAUAAUUGGGAACGUAAUUUACUAUUUAAUACAAUUAACGUUGCGUUCCUGCGCGUAAUACGUGUGCAACACCGUGUAUUAAAACAUACGUAACGAAUAUAAUGUUGUCUAUAAUAUAUAUACAUAGAGAGCGAGAGAGUGAGAGAGCGAGAGAGAGAGAAAGAGAGAAGUUUUGUACUCGCGUUCGACGUGUCCUACAUAACUAGUAAACGUCUUCCUUCUAGCGGUUACAAAUUAUGAGCUGAAAGUAGGGCUUUCGUGCAAUACGUACAAGACUUCUACGGUUUUGUAAUUUUUGAGAUUACUAUGCGUCUGUCCCGAGCGGAAUAGCGGGUCUCGUAGGAUCUCUGCAAGAUAUCUUCCGGAAAACGCCUCGAAAAAAAUCCUUCAGACAUCGGACAUCCUCGCGAUCCUCCCGUAAAUAUCCGAACGGGCGCGCGUAUACUCAUGCUUCAUUUAGCACAUUGUGAAUGUUUGUACGAAUAAUUCGAACUUCAGACUAUUGAGAGCAGUACAAAGAUAUGCAAGAACGACAUUUUGUCCUUAAUUUUUUAUAUAAUAUAUAUUGAAAUGCUAUCGCGUGGGUGAUUAGCACCUGUGUAUCGUGACGUAGUUGAAGGAAUCGUACGCGUAUUACACUCACUUAUUCGUGUAAAUAUCAUCAUCAUCACGAGAACGGACUUGCGUUUCUAAGAAGUUAGUAGAAUCAAAAUAGGCAGCUAGCAGUUUACACAAUCGAGCUCUAUUUGGACCGCGUUCUACCGAAAAAGCCUAUCUCACGUCUUACAUUUAUAUUUAUUAUUCGUAUUCGAGAAAACAAAAAAGGUACGAGCGAGACAAGUGGAAAACAUUGUGUACUAUUGUACAGAAGAACAAAUAAACUGCACAUUAAUACAA